UUUGACUUUGUGGACUUACAUUUCGCUUCGGAGCUUUCCGGAUCCUUGCUAACGGCGUUGAAACCGAUUUACGUUUAUCUCCGCGCCCAAGACUUUUCUCUACUGCUGUUGUCGCUCGUUUGUCGUGUUCCUUCUUCACCGUCAUCAUGAGCCAGCGUAUGCUUUCCUCCAUCCUUCGCGCACGGCCUAAUGUCGUCCUUCGCCGCGCUGCGACCCCUGCCCUCAUAAUACCACACCGCUUUUCAUCAUCAGAUUCGCACAGUCAAGAAACGUUUGAGCAGUUCUCUGAGCGCUACGUCGCUUUCUUCCAAGGCGCUCAGGACCUCUUCGAGGUACAACGUGGCCUCAAUAACUGCUUUGCACACGACCUCGUUCCUUCACCUGGUGUUGUUGAGGCUGCCCUCCGUGCAGCACGCCGCGUAAAUGACUAUGCAACCGCUGUCCGUGUCUUCGAGGGCAUUAGGGAAAAGGUUGAGAACAAACAGCAGUACCAGGCUUACUUGGACGAGCUGAAGCCGGUUAGAGAGGAACUUGGAAUAAACACAAAAGAAGACCUUUACUUCUCAUGAGUUCUGCCUGAGCAGCGGAUUCCAUGUGAGCCAGCUUUAUUCGUGUGUCUCUACUGAAGCUAACAAGCCAUGCG